AAUUAGUUGGUUUCAUAAUAUUAAAGUUCUGAUUUCCUUGACUGGGCAUUUUUCUUUUUCUGCCUCUACUAUGUCUGAUGAUGUGGAUAGCCAAUCUGAAUCUGAUGAGGAGGAUAUUCAAGUGGUUCAGAAUGUCAAUGGCAAAUCUGAGGUAAAGGAUGAAGAGCCCAAGCUCUCUGGUGGAAAACCAAAUGCUCAGAAGUCAGAUGCUACGGUUAAUAAGCCAAAGCCUAAGAUAGAGGAUCCUAAAGAGGAUGAAAAGCAAAAAACCAAUGAAGACACUGAUGAUGAUGAUGAUGAUGAUGAUGAUGAGUCUGAAGAAGAUGAAUCUGGUGAUGAUGAGGUUGGUCAACGGCUUGAUGCUGGAGCUCUCUUUGUUCUCAAGUCCAAAGGCUCGUGGAUGCACUGCGGCUACCAUCUGACGACCUCCAUCGUGGCCCCGGCCCUGCUCAGCCUCCCUUUCGCGCUGGCGUCGCUCGGCUGGGCGCCCGGAGUUGCGUGCCUCGUCGUGGGCGCCGUCGUCACCUUCUACUCCUACAACCUCCUCUCCCUGGUUCUCGACCACUACGCUCAGCUCGGCCGCCGACAACUACGCUUCCGCGACAUGGCUCACGACAUCCUUGGGCCAGGAUGGGGUCGCUUCUAUGUUGGUCCGAUACAGUUCUUGGUGUGCUUCGGUGCGGUCGUCGGCCAAGUCCUCUUGGGAGGGCAGAGCAUGAAGACCAUCUACUUGAUCGCGAGGCCGGGAGGGACGAUGAAGCUCCAUGAGUUCGUGAUCGUCUUCGGGGCCUUCAUGCUGGUCCUCGCACAGAUCCCGUCCUUCCACUCCCUCAGGCACAUCAACCUCGUCUCUCUUCUUCUUUGCUUGUCCUAUAGUGCUUGUGCCGCUGCAGGUUCCAUUCAUGCAGGCACAAAUGCUCCACAGAGGGAUUACUCCCUUCCAGGCAACGGCCAGGACCGCCUCUUCGGUGCACUCAACGCCAUCGCCAUCAUCGCCACCACCUACGGCAACGGCAUCAUCCCGGAGAUACAAGCAACAGUUGCUCCUCCCGUCACGGGGAAGAUGUUCAAGGGCCUCUGCCUCUGCUACGCCGUCGUGGUGGCGACCUUCUUCAGCGUGGCCAUCUCCGGGUACUGGGCAUUCGGCAACCGAGCCCAUGGCUACGUUCUUGCCAACUUCGAUCUGGAAGACGGCACCACCCUCGUGCCCAAGUGGUUCCUCGCCAUGACCACCUCAUUAACCCUUCUCCAACUAGCAGCCGUCGGAGUGGUGUACUUGCAGCCGACGAACGAGGUUCUGGAGGGCCUGUUUGCCGACCCAAGAAAGGAUCAAUACUCAGCUCGUAAUGUGACGCCGAGGCUCAUCUUCCGGUCGCUGUCCAUCGUGGUGGCAACCCUCCUAGCCGCCAUGCUCCCUUUCUUCGGGGACAUCAACGCCGUCAUCGGCGCCUACGGGUUCUUGCCGCUGGACUUCGCGGUGCCAUCGGUCUUCUACAACCUCACCUUCAAGCCUUCCAAGAGGGGCGUCGUCUUCUGGCUCAACACUGCCAUAGCCGUGAUAUCCUCCAUGCUUGCGCUUCUGGGCUCCAUUUCUGCACUGCGGCAAGUUGCUUUGGAUGCCAAGACUUACAAACUUUUUGCUAAUGUAUGAAACCCAUCAACUACUUAGUAUGUUAAGCCGUCCUCCUAAACUGGUCCGAUGAAAGCUCAUCCACUCUUGUAUGCUUGCUGUCCAAGCAGAUUAACAUGGCUGAACGACCAGCAUUAGAUUCCA